GUCUGAUACGGAGUCUCUCGCAGCAUCAGUUCAGAUUCUGUGGUUUACCGGGGCUGUUAAAAGUUGAAAAUGGCCCUUCACGUACCUAAGGCUCCGGGCUUUGCCCAAAUGUUGAAGGAUGGUGCAAAGCAUUAUUCAGGACUUGAGGAGGCAGUAUUCAGAAACAUCCAGGCAUGCAAGGAACUGGCCCAGACGACACGAACUGCCUAUGGACCCAAUGGCAUGAACAAAAUGGUCAUCAACCACUUGGAGAAGCUCUUUGUGACCAACGAUGCUGCCACCAUUCUGAGAGAGCUUGAGGUUCAGCACCCAGCCGCUAAGAUGAUCGUCAUGGCCUCCCACAUGCAGGAGCAGGAGGUCGGCGAUGGGACCAACUUCGUCCUGGUCUUUGCUGGAGCUCUGCUGGAGCUGGCUGAGGAGUUGCUCAGAAUGGGACUCUCUGUGUCAGAGGUCAUUGAAGGCUAUGAGAUGGCUUGUAAGAAGGCACUGGAGAUUUUGCCAGAUUGCGUGUGCUCCUCAGCUAAGAACCUGCAUGACAUGGACGAGGCCACGGCCAUGAUCCGCCCGGCGGUGAUGAGCAAACAGUACGGUAACGAAGACUUCCUCGCCAACCUCAUCGCCCAGGCCUGUGUCUCUAUUUUUCCUGAAUCUGGUAAUUUCAACGUGGACAAUGUUAGAGUGUGCAAAAUUCUGGGUUCUGGUCUUAGCAACUCCUCAGUUCUGCAUGGAAUGGUUUUCAAAAAAGAGACCGAAGGAGACAUCACAUCAGUCAAGGAUGCUAAGAUCGCCGUGUUUUCAUGUCCGUUUGACUGUUCAGUGACUGAAACAAAGGGUACAGUGUUGAUUAAGAAUGCAGAGGAGCUGCUGAGUUUCAGCAAAGGAGAGGAAGACCUGAUGGAGGCUCAGGUGAAGGCUAUUGCCGAGACAGGCGCUAACAUUGUGGUGACUGGGGGUAAAGUGGCUGACAUGGCCCUUCACUAUGCCAACAAAUACCAACUCAUGGUCGUUAGGCUUAACUCAAAAUGGGACCUGAGAAGGUUAUGCAAAACCGUCGGCGCAGUGGCCCUACCCAAAAUGACUGCCCCCACCCCCGAGGAGAUGGGCCAUUGUGAUAGCGUGUACCUGACGGAGGUUGGAGACACACAGGUGGUGGUGUUUAAACACGACAAAGAGGAUGGUGCCAUCUCUACUAUAGUGAUCCGCGGCUCCACCGAUAACCUGAUGGACGACAUCGAGCGGGCUGUCGACGACGGAGUCAACACCUUCAAGGUUCUCGUGAGGGACAAGCGUCUGGUGCCAGGAGCUGGUGCCACGGAAAUUGAGCUGGCGAAACAGAUAACGUCCUAUGGAGAGUCUUGCCCCGGCCUGGAGCAGUACGCCAUUAAGAAGUUCGGUGAGGCCUUUGAGGCUCUGCCACGGGCACUGGCGGAGAACUCGGGCGUGAAGGGGAACGAACUCAUCUCCAAACUGUACGCAGCCCAUCACGAGGGCAACAAGAACAUGGGCUUCGACAUCGAGGGUGACGGCGCCGCUUUGAAAGACAUGCUAGAGGCUGGCGUCUUUGAUCCUUUCCUGGUCAAACACUGGGGCAUCAAACUGGCCACCAACGCAGCCGUCACAGUUCUCCGGGUUGACCAGAUCAUUAUGGCUAAACCUGCAGGGGGCCCCAAAGCCCCCCAGGGGAAGAAAGACUGGGACGAUGACGAAUGAGACCGCGCUGUUAGUUAACAUAAUGUGUGUGCCCUACCCCAUCUCCAUUCUGCAAUCUUCAUUUCUCACAGUUGUUUAUUUAAUGUGCAACACCUCAGUUUUGUAAGUUUUUUUUUUUUUGUUGUUGUUUUUUGUUUUCUUUCUUUUUUUUUUUUUUAGAAAAACAUGUACGUCAUACAUAACAUGUAAACAAAAAAUAAGCGGCUCUGCUUUCCUUUUUAUGGUCCCAAUAAAAGGCACUUGAGCUGUC